UUAUAGCAGGACUGCAGUGGGCAUUCUGACACUGGGUGGGAACUGACUAACUGUCACUGAGAUCCCCAGUGAUACCAAUACAGUGAUCAGUGCUAAUAAAAAGCACUGACACUGUACUAAUGACACUGGGCAGGAAGGGGUUAACAUCUGGGGCUAUCAAAGGGUUAACUGUGUGCUGUGUGUGUUUUACAUUGUGGGGCGGUGUCUGUGUGCUUCACUGUAAUCACACUGCUCUGGAUGGCUGUGCUGUGCACAGCCAUCCAAAGCAAUGGGCCUGAGCUGACAGGGAGGAGGACUGUUAGUAAACAA